AUGGAAGACCCGGCUGCACUUCUAAAGGACAAAGAGGAUGGACCCUCCAUCGAAGCUUCCCGAGAAUACGACAACCUGUACCAGCUGGAACUCAAGUACUGGUCAAUUAGGACUUUAAGGAGGACCACGAGCGUGAAGGCCCACGUGGGUAAUGCACUGCUUUUUGCGGGCUUCCACAUCAAGUCCCUUGUGUACUCUUCUUGCGCUUGCGCUAUCUCUGCGUCGCUUCUCAAGUGUUUCGGCCUUCAAACAGCUCCCCUGAAUUUUGAGUCUGCCAUUGCUUGCACCUGCGUGGUACUGCUUCAUUUGCUGGUGCAGCCCGUACCUCUAGGCGGGUUCUGGGCCGUCUGUGCUUCAUCCUUUCUGGUGUUUAUUGUGGGGUCCCAGAAGCUGGUAUCUGCCCUUGCGGAAGGCACCUUACCUAAGAGCUAUUUCGCCUUCGUCGGCUUAAGCCACCUCUGGUGGUUGUCGCCUCUCAUAUUAGCAGCGGCCCUUGCUGCUGUCUUGCUGCUGUGCCACUACAUCGAAUUGCUGCAGGUUGUUUCGCGGGGGGGCUACCACAUAUUCUGUCCCCCGAACCCACACCUUUGCAGUUUGGAUGACUUGGCACGCGAUGCUGUACAGGGUAGGCCUUUGUCUCUUUCCCCCUGUAAGCCGCGCAGCCCGCCAUCUGUUGCUGCCUUUGUCCAGCUGUAUCGAGAAAAGCUGUCCCCUCGCCUACAGGGGCCAGCUAUUGCACAACAGCGAAGGACUGUGGGAAGCCCGAUCCCGGCAGCUCCAAGGCCAGCCGCAAACGAUCACGAAACUACACUGACUGACAGUAAAGUCAAUACAAACUAUCAACAGAAGGCAUCUUCUGAAGGAGCGUGGCUAGUUGCCCUAUGGUUGAGGGGUCCUUUCUUCUUAGGAAGCUUGGGUGCGCUCUGUAUUGCAUUGGCCUUGGGUCUCUAUGCAGUGGCAUCUGAUUCCAGGGCAGCAUUCCAUGGUGCCUCUGCGUUUGAUGAAAUUUCUCGGUUGCUGCUUCCUACUCAGCACCGGCCCGUGAAAGAAUUUGCGGCUUCCUUUGUCCCUGUUCACGAACAACAGCUGUCUGAUGGGGAGGUCAUUCCUUUGGCACGGAGCUUUCUGCAAAACCACAACCAGCAGCGACAGCAAGAUGGCAAGUUGUUUUCCUCAAGCCAGCAUCGUCGGUGGCAGCACCGAAGUAGGCAUUUGAUUCAGGUCCUUCAGGCACCAACACCGUCUGCUGAAAACCUCGCUGGUGGAACCCUCCACGAUCCCGUGGUGAAACAGCCAGACGCAACAGCAACACCAAGCAACUCCUUUUUGCAAAUGCGACCCCUCGAUGACCCACAGCUUAAUAAAGCUCAUAAUCAACACGGCAUGAAGAGUGCCGCUGCGCUGCUGCUACUGGCUCUGGUGCUGUUAACGCCUCUAUUAGGAAGUAGCUUGGGCGAGUGGGUUGAAGAUAUGUUCUUCGCACAUAUGGUAAUGAUAAAGAGAAACCCCUGGAUGCUCGUACCGCCUCCAACGCUAUUUGUGCACCCAAGAAAGCCAGUACUAGAACCUGCCAAGGCAACAAAAGAAGCGCCACCCUCCACGAAAAGCUCAGAACCCCUUCUGCACCUGGCUCAAGAACGAAUGACUCACCAGACGCCUCAACAUUUCCUGGGCCUCGACGCACAGCCGAAGCAAGAGCAGCAAUCAGAGCGCCAGGAGGGCCAGCAGCCACGCUAUGAGCAGGAACAGCAACCAUAA